UCAUAACCAGAGAGGAAAAGGGAGAGAAAGGGGAAGAGCGAGACAGAGAUACGUUGCGCCUCCAAACUCAACACUACGCAAACAGGAGCGUGCUUCUUCCACCCGUGGAUAUCCUUACAUUACAUUACAUUACAGACAGAGGGAUUCCUGCAACAUCUACUUCUACAAUUUGACAGCCUCUUUUGGAUCUCUCCAUCUUGCCCCGUCCUCUCUUGAUCAUUGGGCAUCGAGCAUCACCCUUCCACGCAAUUAUUCGGCUAACUUUUCCACGCCGAGACGUCGCCCGUUCAUCGCCCGGUCGCAGCGCUUCAUUGCUGCACAAAGGGCGCUUCCAUGGAGCGCACGGUGUCGUUUGGAAAAUGCUCUGUAGUCGGUGUAUGAGCGCCCUGCGGAAUCAGACGGGAUUGGAGUUGUUAUUGUCCGUGUGCGUCUCUCGCCGGAGCCAGUGAAGCGUGGCGGCGAUGGGUCUCUCAGUGGCGGCACAGGCUCCACGCAACGAGCCCGGGCGCCUGAAACAGCGGAGCGGGACGACGGGAGGUUGGCUCCGGAUCACGCUGCUCUCAUUCCUCGCUACUUUACCUGUGGAACAAUUGCGCGCCUUCCCUUCUUCCCUCAGCGACUGUCAGACACCCACCGGCUGGAACUGCUCCGGUUUUGAUGACCGUGACACGGACCUGUUUUUGUGUGACACCAACACAUGCAAGUUUGAUGGCGAGUGCUUAAGAAUUGGGAACAUGGUGACUUGCAUUUGUGACUUCAAGUGCAACAAUGACUAUGCUCCAGUUUGCGGCUCUAACAAUCAAAACUACCGGAAUGAGUGUUUUCUGCGUAGAGAUGCCUGCAAGCAGCAGUCUGAAGUACUUAUUCUGUCAGAGGGCGCCUGUCCUGUGGAUGCCGGUUCAGGAUCAGGAGAUGAUGGAGGAGAGGGUUCCGCAGAGGCAGGUCCGAAGGAAACAUCCACAUGUGACAUUUGCCAGUUUGGGGCUGAGUGCGAUGUGGACGCAGAGGAUGUUUGGUGUGUUUGCAACAUUGACUGUUCCCACAUCAGCUUCAAUCCAGUGUGUGCCUCUGAUGGUCGUUCCUAUGACAACCCCUGCCAGGUGAAAGAGGCAUCCUGUCAGAAACAGGAACGUAUUGAGGUCAAGCACCUGGGCCACUGCCAAGAUGGGAACAAAGGCGGAGAUGGACAUUUUGCACCAACCGACAUCACAGGAAACGGACAGGCAGGCGGCCUGUACACCCCCUGCCCAGAUCACUAUAAGAAUUUCUGCGUCCAUGGAGACUGUCAGUUCCCCAGUAUACCUGCCCAGCCCUCAUGCAGCUGUCACUCAGGUUUCAGCGGCCCCCAGUGUGACACCAAAGAGUACAACGUGCUCUAUGUGGUCCCAGGCUCCGGAAAACUGCACUAUGUUCUCAUCGCCUCUAUCAUUGGAGCACUCCAGGUGGUCAUCAUCUUUGUGGUGGUGCUGUGCAUUACAAGAAAGUGCCCCCGGACCAACAGGAUCAACCGGCAGAAGCAAAACAAUGUCCACUUCAGUUCAGAGAACACCAUGCGCGCCUCUACUCGACUUAUCUGAGCCUAGACACAUCGGACAGAAUCGUCAUGUUAAAUGUUCCCCCCUUGUAGAGCAACCCAAGAAAUGUAGGAUCUGCUUCCCCUCGAGGCUGGCCUUUUCUGCCAGUCGGAACUUCCAAGAAUGCCCAUGGAGGAUACGGGCAUAAGCAAAGACAGAGUUGGCACACCAGUGAGACUCGCACAUGAGAAUGUUUUCAUCAGUCGGCAGUUGACAGCGUCACUUUAAACCUUGUCACUAGCGUCCUUAAGGUCUUUCCAGAGAACCGUAAGAACUUGGGGUGUUGGGAGGGGGGUUUGAGAAUACCGAAUGUGAGUAUGUAUGUGUGAAUGUGUAUUAGAUGUGUGAGUUUUGGUAGAUGCGAGUUAGCUGGUGUCUGUCAUUUGUAGAUCAGGGGUAAAGCAAACUGGGGUAGUGCAAAGCAGGGUAAGGAGCUUUAAUUUAGGGUUUUUUUUAUUUUCUUGUGGGGUGCUUUAGCGUGGGGAGGGCGGAGGGGGGAUCUGGGCUACACGUGUUGCCUUGCACCUUGUGUUAUAGGAGACCUUUGACAGAGGGCACAAUGUUAUUAUAGAGCUCUCCCUUUGGUUGUGACAAUGACUUCAGCUACUGUAUCUUGGGUUUGAUUUCCAUUAGUUAUUACUACGUUGUCUUGAUGGGGUCAUUUUUCUGUAAAUGUAAAUAAAUAAUUUAUAUCACGAAAUGUAACACCGUGGGUCCAUUGUCCUUCGUAAUUGACAGAAUGUGUGCAUAAACACUGAGCGUAAGGUAGUAACCAUGCCCUGGAGGCAGAGGAGCGUCUCUUGUUUUGGGGAAGGAAGAUACACUGCCAUGGAAAAUGUGCCAACCUUGAGGCAGCAGACAGUAGGGGUGUAACGAUACACCAUAAUCAUGGGUUGGUUCGUGCCUCUGUUUCAAAGUCACGGUUCGGUGAACAAAACGCACGACAUAAAACUUACCCCCCUCAUUUUUA